GCAGUCGGCACGAACGUUAGUUCUCUAGCUAGCUGGUAAUUCGUGCAUGUGUUAAGUUGUUAAGUUAUAUUCCCGUUAACUAGCUAGUUUACGUGUUAGGACAUUUUUUAAAAGCUAACUAGGUUAGCUUGUUAUUUCACCUACGAGUAAUCUAAUUAUAAUAUAAUAACACACAGAAAUACGAGCCUUGGGGUCAUUAAUAUAGGUUAGUCGGGAUUGAAGCAUUCACCGGAAGUAACAAGGCAAGGGCACUUAACUUCCUCCUAUGCCAUGAAAACCCAAGCCUUUUGCAGAAUGCCCAAAUCAAGGGAAGUGGUGACAUCCACAUCUGGCAGUGACUCUGACAGUGAGGUGGAGAAGACCAAGGCCAAGAGAAAGAAGGCCAGUGCUCCACCAGAGAAGCCCGAGGCCAAGAAACCGAAGCUGAGUGGAGAGGGCUCUCGACCUGGCGCAGGAGGGUCCUCUAAGGCUGCAGACAGCAAAACGGAGGCUGGCAUGUUCCAGAUUGGGAGAAUGCGAUACGUCAGUGUGAGGGAGUUUAAAGGGAAGUGUCUAGUUGACAUCAGAGAGUACUGGAUGAACCAGGACGGGGAAAUGAAGCCCGGCAAAAAAGGCAUCUCCUUAAACCCAGAGCAGUGGACCCAGCUGAAGGACCAGAUGUCAGAGAUUGACGACGCGAUCAAGAGAACAUGAUGACCGUUCCCAGGGUGCUGACAGUCCAGCUUGUCUAUCUAGUGAUCUUAAUGUCACCACUGAUGUUUCGGCUGAGUCCCACAUGGCAGCCUAUCCCCUAUAUAGGGCACUACUUUAUACCAAGGCCCUAUUGAGCCCUAUUCCCUAUAUAGUGCACUACUUUAGACCAAGACCCUAUUGAGCACUAUUCCCUAUAUAGGGCACUACUUUAGACCAAGGCCCUAUGGACCCCUAUUCCCUAUAGUGCCUAUAGAGCCUUGAUCUAAAGUAGUGCACCCUAUUCCCUAUAGGGCCUUGGUCUAAAGUAGUGCACCCUAUUCCCUAUAGGGCCUUGGUCUAAAGUAGUGCACCCUAUUCCCUAUAGGGCCUUGGUCUAAAGUAGUGCACUAUAUAGGGAAUACGGUACCAUUUGGACUUUCCCAAAACCUGUGUAAGUUGGCUGUUCUGUUGAAUUAGUUAUUUUGCAUAUGCUGUUUUAGUUUGCUCAGUGCAAGAAUUGCUUUGUGUUUUGACCUGUGAAGAUAAUGUGUGUUUGAUUGUGAUCGAUAUUUGGUUGGUAUGGUUAUAUGACUUUCUUUUCUCUUCCUACCUUUUAUUUAACUACGCAAGUCAUUAUUUUCAAUUAACUGGUUUAGGAACAGUGGGUUAACUGGUCUAGGAACAGUGGAACAGUGGGUUAACUGGUCUAGGAACAGUGGGUUAACUGGUCUAGGAACAGUGGGUUAACUGGUCUAGGAACAGUGGGUUAACUGGUCUAGGAACAGUGGGUUAACUGGUCUAGGAACAGUGGGUUAACUGGUCUAGGAACAGUGGGUUAACUGGUCUAGGAACAGUGGGUUUACUGGUCUAGGAACAGUGGGUUUACUGGUCUAGGAACAGUGGGUUAACUGGUCUAGGAACAGUGGGGUUAACUGGUCUAGGAACAGUGGGGUUAACUGGUCUAGGAACAGUGGGUUAACUGGUCUAGGAACAGUGGGUUAACUGGUCUAGGAACAGUGGGUUAACUGGUCUAGGAACAGUGGGUUAACUGGUCUAGGAACAGCGGGUUAACUGCCUGUUCAGGGGGCAGAACGGCAGAUUUGUACCUUGUCAGCUCGGGGGUUUGAACUUGCAACCUUCCGGUUACUAGUCCAACGCUCUAACCACUAGGCUACCUGCCUCAAACCACUAGGCUACCCUUUGAAUAAUUGACAUUUUUGUUGUUGUAUGAAAAUGAUUUAAAAGCCAUGUAAAGUUCUCAUGAUUCUCUCUA